AUGGCAGGCGUCAAUCCCCCUCAGCUCGGCGGCCCACAACCAAAUCUUGGGCUCCUAGCACACGGACUCCAGGAAGCCGCCACCGAGUUGGCAAAUUUUGCCAAUCUUCCUGCACUUGCUCAGGGCGAUGCAAUCAUGCAACUGAUGCAGCAAAACCAUCGAGAAACUCAGCGACAGAUGCAGCAGAUGCAGACACAAAUGCAGCAGAUGGAGCAGCGGAUAGUGCAACAGAUACGGGACCAGAUACAGCAACUCCGCACCGAUAUCACCACAGGACAUCAGGCAAUCGAGUACAAUUCUAUUGCCCGCCUUGACAACGCUAGUAUUAGAUUAUCCGACACCGCUAUUACCGCACUCCGUGACCUUACAACAAACGUUAAUAUUGCAGGUUUUCCUGCCACACACGCUCAUCUUUCGGAUAUGACAGAUCCUGCGCUAGAUGGGGUCUUAGCAGCACUAGGCCAGCCUACCAACGGCACGACCGAGGAUAAGAAGCAACUGCUGAGGUUCUACAUUGGAUUGACGGAUCCACGCUAGCGAUGAGGGAGGUGCUGGUAUACUGGAAUGGUGAUUGCUGGCGGAAUCACUAGGAGUUCGUUAGUGUCAGGUGCGCCUGACGAAGGCAAGGUAGGCAGCGGUAGAAUACGACUGAAGGGAUUGUGCUUGUCAGGGUGUGCUGUUGAAGAGUGCUCUCUCUCUAUUUAGUAUCAAGACUGGAGGGAGCCAGGGAUCCACUCAGGUUGAAAUUGAUGUGAACUCUGAUUUCUAUAGACGUCUAGCUAGUUGUAUAUAUACUAGGGGAAGGAAGGGGGCCACCCCCAGGGUGGCGCGCUAGUAAGUUCAGAUGAGCCCUGCACAGCUGAGGCUUCA